AUGCCUUUGGCUAGAGACUUACUACAUCCGUCCUUGGAAGAGGAAAAGAAAAAGCAUAAAAAGAAGCGGCUAGUUCAAAGUCCAAAUUCUUAUUUUAUGGAUGUGAAAUGCCCAGGUUGCUACAAGAUCACCACGGUUUUCAGCCAUGCCCAGACAGUGGUUCUUUGCGUAGGCUGUUCCACAGUGUUGUGCCAGCCGACAGGAGGAAAGGCUAGACUCACGGAAGGGUGUUCAUUUAGAAGAAAGCAACACUAA